CUCGCAGACGUCCAGACGUGCCCUGUCAAUCCAAGUUCGCGUCUCUCGCCUAUUGUUCUCCGGAUCGGUCUGCUUUCGCGGGUGUCUUGCGUGAUGGUUAAGUGAACGGACAUCCCAGAGCGAGCGAGCGGCUUCAGAUCAAUACCUCAUAGUUCACCAUGCCUUUCAAGCCCGUGGAAAACCCAAAAUGCCCGAAAUGCCAAAAAUCGGUAUACGCUGCCGAAGAAAGAGUAGCCGGAGGCUUAAAAUGGCACAAAGGCUGCUUCAAAUGCGGUCUGUGCAACAAAUUCCUAGACUCCACUAACUGCACAGAACACGAAGGUGAGCUGUACUGCAAGAACUGCCACGCCCGCAAAUUCGGACCCAAGGGAUACGGUUUCGGCGGUGGUGCUGGAUGCUUAAGCAUGGACACCGGUGAACACUUAGGAAACACCGCGUUAAAUGGGAAACCUGGUGGUGCUCAAAACGUGCGAGCAAUUGCAAAGGCUCCAGAAGGACAAGGCUGUCCCCGCUGUGGAGGUUGCGUCUAUGCCGCCGAACAGAUGCUAGCUCGUGGAAGAGGCUGGCACAAAGAGUGUUUCAAGUGCGCUGAAUGUACGAAGAGGUUGGACUCAGUAAAUUGUUGCGAGGGUCCUGAUAAAGACAUUUAUUGCAAAGUUUGCUAUGGAAAACGGUUUGGGCCUAAAGGAUACGGAUAUGGCCAGGGUGGCGGAGCAUUGCAGAGUGAUCCCAUCCAUAAUGGUGAGAUGAUGACACUUCACACGACGACCGUGAACACAGCAUCUAUUAAAGCACCCCCCGGAAAGGGCUGCCCCAGAUGUGGUGGCGUUGUCUUCGCUGCAGAGCAAGUUCUGGCGAAAGGAAGGGAAUGGCAUCGCAAGUGCUUUAAAUGCAAGGAUUGCAAUAAAACUCUGGACUCUAUCAUAGCCUGUGACGGCCCUGACAAGGAUGUCUAUUGUAAGACUUGUUACGGCAAAAAGUGGGGCCCUCAUGGCUAUGGAUUUGCUUGCGGAUCUGGAUUUUUACAAACGGACGGAUUAACGGAGGAAGAUAUUGCGUCCAUGAGACCCUUCUACAACCCUGAUACGACGUCCAUUAAGGCUCCAGCCGGUGAAGGAUGUCCUCGCUGUGGAGGUAGAGUUUUCGCUGCUGAACAACAACUAGCAAAAGGAACAAUGUGGCACAAGAUCUGUUUCAAUUGCGCUGCUUGUCACAGGCCUUUGGACUCAAUGCUCGCUUGCGAUGGACCGGAUAAGGAGAUUUACUGCCGUGCGUGCUAUGGCAAAAAGUAUGGUCCAAAAGGUUUUGGAUACGGCCACACUCCAACCCUCGUUUCAACUGGCGGAGAGCCCACCAUCAACUACUCAGAGCCCAGGCCAUCGCAUGGACCCAAGGCACCGGAGGGCAAGGGUUGCUCAAGAUGCGGUUACGAAGUAUACGCUGCAGAACAAAUGAUCAGUAAAAAAUCGAUCUGGCACAAGCGAUGCUUCAACUGUAGGAUUUGCCACAAGUCCCUCGACUCAACGAAUUUGUGCGAUGGCCCAGACGGCGAGAUCUACUGCCGUGGCUGUUACGCCAAGAGCUACGGACCCAAGGGCUGCGGCUUCGGUCUCGGCGCUGGCGUCCUCACCACCGUUUAAGCCCAACACUACAUUGAAAAAUUAUGACAAUACAUCAGUCGAUUAAAUGUCACAUAGGAUAGUUAUAACUUUAAAAACACUCAGAGAUAGAUUCAAUUUUGAACGCCACAAUUGGAGGAACCAGUUCUAAAUGAGCACUGGCCCCUCACGGAGUUACGAAUUCUUCCGAAUCAAACGUAUGCACAGUAAAUAUAAUCCGGAUGUAAAGAAACAUCGAGAUAUCAAUUAAAUUUUGCCAAAAUACUGGUUUUAUAUAUGGUUUUCAGCCAAAUUUCGAGUGGCCAUGCUCAGAGGCAUGAUCAACCGCUUAUUCUCUGAGUAUCUUAUUAUAACUUUAAAUUAAAGCUUGACGUAUCCGAAAGAGAUUAGUAGCGAAAUAUAGCAUUCAAUCAAUUAGAUUCUACGAUUCAUUUUACGUUUGGAUACUUUGAGCUUUAAUUUAGAGUCUACAGACGAACUUUUUCAGACGUAGCAGCUGAAAUAUUACUAAUUUUUUUUUGUGCAUUUGAGACACAUGUCGUAAGAGUGUUGUUUUGAAUAUUUAUCGGCGUAAAAUACUGGUUUUGAUUUUUCGACUCAUAUAGUGUGAGUCAAGCACGAACAAUUUUAAGACAAAAUUGAGAAUGAUGCUUGAUUUUUGUCCUUAUUUUUAAAUUCUAUUUCCUCCUCUAAUGUAGGUAAAAGAAAGGAAGAAUGGAAAUAACUUUACAUGUACUUUCGAAGUAACUACAAUUUGAGGCAAUCACUCAGAAGUGUUCAUAUAUUUUUUUACCCUUGUGAUGGAAAAGAAAAUUAGGCAAGAUUUCUGUCUUUUUGACGAGUUAUCAAAAAGUUUCAGUAAAGUCUCCAAACUGGAAUAAAAUCACCGUGAGUGGAUUUUAUGAUUAACAACACCACACAUUGACCCACAUUUUCUCUCAGACAUUACUGUCUAUUUUUCAGUCAAAACUUAUAUCGAAUGAAGUUAUUUCCCGCCCCUCGAAUCAUUUGAGGUGGCGUUUUUGUGAAAUAAUCUCUUCGCUCCAGAGAAACUUAAUUCAGCGUUUGUAAUUAGAACACGAAGAAAUUGUAAAUUUUAGUGCUGGGGUUAAUAAGUUAGACGCCCAAAAGUCUUGAGGCGACAAUCCCCGGUCAAAAUCUUUAUUAUGUAAAUAUUAGGUACGUUUAUGUAUUCAAUGCUAAUUAAUUUUUUUUUCACAACGAAGAAUGAGACUUAAAACACCUAUCUCAAUUGGCGACUUAUUAAAUUCUCUUUACAUCGCAUAUUUUGUGGGAAAACUGAUGAGAAUGUCAUUUGGUCAUUCAAGCUGAUUUUUCUCAAAUAGAAUAUACGAGUGUAAAUAAUUCAAACGAUAGCGUUGGUUUUUAAAAAAAAAAUAUAAAACAGAGUUAGAGAUUCUGCAACGUCGCAACCGAGAUACGUGUUAAUUUUCGUCUUUCACGAUUAAUAACUGUGCAAGCAGAGGAGGCCAGUGAUAAACCUCCUCUAAAAGCGUAGUUUAUUAUUCUGAAUAUUAUACUUGUUUUCGUUUUGAAUAGAAUUGCUUUUAUAGGUGUGAUUAUUUUUGAAAAGCUUUUCUCGAGUAAGACGCGAUAGUUGCUAGUUUUUAGAAAAUGAUUUAAGAAUGGUCCUACAUUUUUUCAAAGCCUCUGGCGCCUGAUAAUAAUCCUCAUCCAUAAUAUGUGGCAAAUGAGCAGCAUAUAUUUAAUCAUAGAUAUGAAAUUGAUCCUAUGAAAGAACAUUAUGAUAAUUAUUUGACUGAGAGUUAUUCGCACACAAUGAAAAAUAUCUAUGAUUGCUUUGAUCAGAUUGACAGCAGAUGACCUCAAGUUGAUCCAGAUCAUGAGCUUAACAAUCAUCAGGCAUUUAAUUAUUUUUUUAUUUUUUUAAAUAUGGGAACCAUAUAUCUAAUGCUGACUUCUCUAUCAACAAUCAAGUAGGAGAUUUUCACGCACUUUAGCGCUUGAACUUGCUAGCCCAGCAAAAAAAAAAAAAACACCUUUUAUCCCAAUAUUUCCGCCUGGAGAAUCUCAUGCAUGAAUAAGGUGGGGGCCUCUGGCUUCCUCCAAAGUUUUGGGGCAAAGUUGGUCAAGAGAAAAGCACAGCCUCUUGUUAAUUUGCAGAUGUUUUACGUCGGCUAUUGGAUGAAAAGUAUUUUUCACUAGGAAAAACAUUUGAACUGAUACAACACGUAUACGAUUGAAGCAGAUUGCUUUUUCAAACUCAGGCCAUACAAGUGAGUUUAGCAUGUAUCCAAAAUUGGAUCGGGGAUGUAACCGAGUGGUGUAACUCAUUGCGUACAAAUGAACCUCUGUGAGUAAGAAUGAAUGAGUGAGAGAGUGAGAUAAGUAAUGAAUGUUUCCUCAGCGACCUCAUGAGUUAUAAUAUCGUUGUUCCUACCACUAUCACACUUUAAGGUGUCCAUUUGACUUAAGGUGCACUGAAAAAAAAUUAUGGUAGAUGAUACCAUACUUUAUAACAGUGAUACGAGUAUGGUAAUAACCACCAGACUCUAUUGUAGCAUCUACCACAUUAUGGUGUAUAUCACCAGAGUUCUGGUGAAUACCUCUAUGAUUCUGCUCUUAGUUAUUUUCACAAAUAGUGCAUCACUGUGUAAAAAAUCAAGUAUACUUAUAGUAGAUGUUACCAUACUUUUUUUCAGUGUGGAACGAUUCCUUAAACCGUUGUUAUUUUAUACGUCCAAAACAAAAUGAGUCCUCCCUCAUGCUUGUGUACGUUUUUAUUUAUCUAUCUUUUUAGCCAUGUAUUUAUUUAUUUAUCUAUUUAUUUAAUUUAAUUUUGAUUUAGUCUGUAUAAUUUAUAUCAUAAUGCUUACAUUUUUUUUCUAACCAAAAUCUCGGUCAGAUGCGGCAGCUGAAGAUUAUUAAUUAUUCUCUUAUGAUAUGCCGUUAUAAUUUUUUACUUUAAUUUGGCUUCAGUGAUGAAAUAAAUUUAUUAUAUGUUCAA